AUGGUUGAACAUACUGCUGAAGAGGGCCAAGUCCUCUUGGCUCGAGAUGCCACCUUCGAGAAAAUCCUCCACAAGGGCACUUCGAAAGUCAAUGUCGGCAUGUCGGCAAUGUUGAAGAAGGACUACGAAGCUCAGAAGGCCGCGUCCGAGGAUUACUUCAGACACUGGGACAACAAGCUCGACGCUAAGAAGGAGACAAAGGAAGACAGAGAAGCUCGAGCUGCAGACUACGAAUCACUCACAAGACAAUACUACAACCUGGCCACGGACUUUUACGAAUACGGCUUUGGAGAGAGCUUCCACUUCUCCCGCGCAGCAAUCGCCGAGAACUUCAAGCAAACCAUUGCCAGACAUGAACACUACCUCGCACAUGUCAUCAACAUCAAGAAGGGAAUGAAGGUGCUGGAUGUUGGAUGCGGCGUUGGCGGGCCGGCUCGAGAGAUUGCCAAGUUCACUGGUGCCUACGUUACCGGAAUCAACAUCAACGAGUACCAAGUGGAAAGGGCAACUCGGUACGCCAAGAAGCAACAGAUGGACAAACAACUGCAAUACGUCCAAGCCGACUUCAUGAACAUCCCAUUCGAAGACAACACCUUCGACGCGGUGUACGCAAUCGAAGCCACCGUCCACGCGCCCUCGCUCCAAGCAGUCUACUCCGAAAUCCACCGCGUCCUCAAGCCCGGCGGCGUCUUCGGCGUUUACGAAUGGGUCAUGACAGACAACUACGACAACGACAACCUCCUCCACCGCAAGACGCGCAUCGAGAUCGAACAAGGCAACGGCAUCGCCAACAUGGUCAGCACCGCCGAGGCGCUGCGCUCCUUCGAGGCCGCCGGGUUCGAGAUGCUCGAGCACGAGGACUUGGCGGAGCGUCCGGACCCGAUCCCGUGGUACUGGCCUCUCGACGCCGCCAGCUGGCGACACGCCCAGACUAUGGGAGACCUGAUGUACACUUUCCGCAUGACCGGUCUCGGGAGGACGGCGACGCAUUGCUUCCUGAGCGUGAUGGAGACGUUGAGACUUGCGCCGCCGGGUAUGGCGAAGACAUCCCAGAGUCUCUGUGUGGCGGCUGACGCGCUGGUUCUUGGUGGAAAGGAGAAGAUCUUCACACCGAUGUAUCUCAUGGUUGGGCGGAAGUCUGGGAAGGCGGAAUGA